AUGGAUCCCACGUCAGUUUUAAGCCUCAUCGCCAGCUGCGCGAGUCUUGACAGCAUCACCAUCGAGACAACGAGGACGCUCCACACAUUGCGCCGGAGACUCAGCACACGCACGUCCGAGACCGCCGUGCACUCACUGUUGACGCAACUGCAGACUCUGGAAGCAUGCACAUCGGAGCUGAAGUCUCUGCUGGAGGCGCACGACCAGCCAGUCGGCCAGAGCGAGGAGCUGGUCGCCGCCCUUGACGCGUGCGUGGCCUCGACGGCCGCCGUCAUCGAGCGUCUGCGAGGGCAGGUUUCUGAGGCGUGCUCGGCUGUCGAGUCGGGCAAACGAUGGGGCAGCUGGGCCAAGUGUGUCACGGAUGAGGUUACCUUGAUGAUGUCCAAGGACGAAGUUUACGGCCGGGUCCAGGUCAUGCAGUUGGGGCUCACGACGGUCUCGUUGCUGUACGGUCAACGCCACUUUCCAGUGCGGUGA